UCAAAGUUCUAAUCAAAAUCUAGCAGCGGAAAUAUUGACCGCAUCAUCAAAUUCAUUGAUUGACCCAAAUUCCGGGGAUCGGAAUUCCUUGCUUCAUCGGAGUUCCAAAUUCCCCCUUCUCAAAUUCCCCCUCCCCCCUUUCAAAAUCUCUUCUUUGUUUUACAAAAGAAAUAAAAAAAGUUAAACUUUAUGGCAUGGAACGUGUUCAAAUUCUGCACGGCACUACGUGCUUUGGGUUCGAUUAUGAUCGUUUUCGUUCUUGCGAUCAUUGGUGUCACUUACUAUUCAGUGGUGAUCGCUCAUUAUGGUCCAAGUCUCUUUCUUGGAGGCUUUGAUACAGUUUUUUCCGUUGUAGUUCUCGUCUUGUUUCAUUCCCUGCUGGUAAUGGUUAUGUGGUGUUAUUCUUCUGCUGUUGUAACGGAUCCAGGGGGUGUCCCGCCGGAUUGGAGGCCCCUCACAGAUGAGGAGAAAGGUGAUGCCGAUCCAUUGGUCGGUUCUGGUUAUGGAAAUGCAGAAUUAGACUCAAAGCAUUUAGUUAUGGCAGGUGAUUACAUGAGCCAAGACAUACGUUUCUGUCACAAGUGCAAACAAUUUAAACCUCCUCGCACCCACCACUGCUCUGUUUGUAGAAGGUGUAUACUAAAAAUGGACCAUCACUGUGUUUGGGUUGUCAACUGUGUUGGAGCUUUGAACUACAAGUAUUUCCUUCUAUUUUUGUUUUACACAUUUCUUGAGACAACACUUGUCUGUUUAUUGUUACUGCGGGUUUUUAUGGAGUUCUUUAACGAUGGUGAGAUAGAUGAAACACCAGGAACACUUGCAGCUACUUUUAUCACAUUUGUUUUGAACUUAGCAUUUGCACUGAGUAUUCUGGGCUUUCUGAUUAUGCACAUAGCAUUGGUUGGAGCCAAUACCACCACUAUUGAGGCAUAUGAGAAGAAAACCAGUCCUAAGUGGCGAUACGACCUUGGUUGGAAGAAGAAUUUUCAACGGGUAUUUGGACUAAAGAAGAAAUUCUGGUUCAUCCCGGCCUAUUCUGAAGAAGAUUUAAAACGAAUGACGGCGCUUCAAGGUUUCAAAUAUCCAACGAGGCCCGACUGGGAGCUGCCCCAGAAGCAUUAACUAGGGAACAAGAGCAAGCUAUCAAGUUUCAAUCACUCAUAAAAAGAAAAUCUGGGUUGCACAUCUUAUGUACAUAUAUCUGUAUCGUUGUGAUUUUGAAGUGAUAACAUCGGAUUUCAUUGUAAUUACCGGUGUUAAUUGUUCCUUAAAGACUGGCCUGAGAGCCACCGGUGAGAGCUCAACAUUUCUUUGGUUUUCCCUCUGGCCAAUCACCAUAUGUAAUCUCUCCAUUUGAAACUUUGUACUGUCUAUAUAUUCAAUUUUCAUUGCAAUGAGCCAAUGAUUGAAACUUUUAGAA